AUGAUUAGGGCUAUUUACAUCAAAUCAGCUAGGGACAUUAAACGAAUCGAAGGUUUAACCCGGAGUCCAGUGUUUUCACACGUGAGCACUACAUUCAAUGGGUUGUCCAGUGUUAGGGCCUUUGGGGCACAGAAAGUGUUUGAGCAACAAUUUUACGUGUACCAAGAUGAUCACUCGGCCACCUGGAUGCUCGUCAACACUGCCAGCUGUACAUUUGGCUUAAUCACAGACGGACUGUGUUUUUUAUAUUCUGUAAUAAUAUUUGCGGUGUUUUUGCUAUUCCCCGAACAGUUGGGAGCGGGAGAAGCAGCACUUGCCUUAACAUCAGCCCUAAUGUUGACGGGAAUGACUCAAUGGGGAGCUUUACAGUCGGCUGAGAUGGAGAGUCAGAUGACUUCAGUCGAGCGCAUCAUUGAGUACUCAAGACUACCACAAGAGGCGGCCCUAACAGCACAUGAUAGCCAUAAACCCCCUCCCGAUUGGCCACAGAAGGGACAGAUAGAGCUCAAAGAUAUGAGUUUGUGUUACGAGGGAUCAGACAAACCGGUGCUGAAAAACUUGAAUUGUGUUGUAAAGAGUGGUGAGAAGGUAGGGAUAGUCGGGCGGACGGGCGCCGGCAAGUCGUCCAUCAUAUCAGCGCUGUUUCGUAUGGUUGAGCCAAAGGGGGAGAUAGUAAUGGACGGCAUUAAUACGGGAUCAAUAGGUUUGCAUGACUUGCGUCGUGUGCUGUCAAUCAUACCUCAAGACCCGGUGGUCUUCACGGGAAGUGUGAGAAGAAAUUUGGAUCCUUUCGGCGAAUACAGCGACCAAAGGAUAUGGAGUGCCUUAGAAGAG